CGUUGCUCCUACACACAUCCUCCUCUAACAUAUAAGACUGUUCUGGCACAGUGGUGAUAAAAUGAUUAAUAUGGUUCGAGGGGUAUUUGUUGCUUCAAUAAUCAGUGUUUUUGCAGUUCAUGGCUGUAUCGGUGUGAAAAUCAUCGGAGGCAAUGAUGUUAAACCUGGUUCAGGAUCGUAUAUGGCAUCCAUUCAAAUAUCAAAUGAACACCACUGUGGAGGAAUUUUAAUCGACAAGCGCUGGGUUCUGACUUCGGUAAACUGUGGACUGAAACAAGUGUCUGUGGUUAUUGGAACACACUCUUUAAAAGAUAAAAAGAAAGCACAAACAUUUAAAGUUAUUAAUGCUAUAAAGCAUCCCAAGUAUGACAGUAAAACACAACGGAAUAACUUGGCUCUCCUCAAGCUGGAUAAAGCUGCAAAAUUGAAUAAGUUAGUAAAGAUCCUGCCAUUGCCAAAAUCAGCAAAAGAUAUGAAACCUGGAACAAUAUGCAAGGUUCUAGGAUGGGGACAAACUACAGCAUCCCCCAGGGACACAGAUCCCUCAGAUACCUUGCAAGAGACAACUGUGACCAUUAUAGAUCAGAAAACCUGUAACAAUAAAAAAUAUUACAAAGAACAAUUUGUUGUAACUGAUGAUAUGAUUUGUGCUGGUGAUAAAACUGGGGGUCAAGCUAAAAUGUGCAGGGGAGAUGUAGGAGGACCAUUAAUAUGUAAAAGUUCGUUUCUGAAAAAGAAAAUUUUGAGUGGCGUUGCUAUCUUUGGAAUGGGAUGUGACGUAAAGUUCAAACCCGGCAUUUAUACUAAUUUAUCCAAUAAAUACCUCCAGUGGAUUAAAAAAACAAUCAAAUCCAAAACCAAUGACAUUUCAAUGGAUCAAACAUGGCACGAGCAGCAGAUUACUGUGUAACAAGACAAUUGUCUGCGCUUUGAAGAAAGAAAUUAAGAAAACUCAACCAAAGUGAUUAGUCAGUGACUGCAUUUAAACUCUUCAACUUGCACAAGGAGUAGUGUAUAAAUUCAGUCUCACAGCACCCAACGUUUAGGUUCCAACCAGCCACCUCUGCCCCCAGUUUACUGCAUGGGAAAGCUAAUUAGCAUAACCUUUGACAAACUGGCAUACCUCUGGGUAUUGUCACUUACUAAAAGUUAUAGAAUAGUGAGAGGCAUAAAUAGGAUAGAUGGUCAGAGUCUUCAUCUCAGGGCAGGUGAGUCCAGAACUAGAGGUUUAAAAUGAGAGAGGAAAUAUUUAAAGAAGAUCUGAGGGUUAGGUUUUUUUUCAAGGAGAACGUGAUGAAUAUUUGGAUAAAAUGUGGUGGUGAAGGCAGAUGCAAUUACAACAUUAAAGUCAUCAGGUCAUCAGCAAAAUUAGGCCAUUCAGCCCAUCAAGUCUACUCCGCCAUUCAAUCAUGGCUGAUCUAUCUCGCCUUCCUAAUCCUAUUCUCCUACUUUCUCCUCAUAACUCCCGACACCCAUACUAAUCAAGAAUCUAUCUAUCUAUGCCUUAAAAUAUCCAUUGACUUGGCCCCCACAGCCUUCUGUGGCAAAGAAUUCCACAGAUUCACCACCUUCUGACUAAAGAAAUUCUUCCUCAUCUCUUUUAUAAAGGAACGUCCUUUUGAGGACUGCUAGUCCUAGACUGUCCCACUAGUGAAAACAUCCUCUCCACAUCCAUUCUAUACAAGCAAAAAAAAAAAAGAUGAUGAUGGCUUGGAUGAGAUGGGCUGAAACGGCCCAUUUCUGUGUUGUACUGUUCCAUUAUACUGUGAUUCUAUAAUUACUAGACAAAUAUAUAUUGGGAAAUUAGGAGAAUAAACGUGUAGUCAUGUCAGGAAAGAACAGAUGAGGUUUGAGAUCAGACACAAUCUUAUUGAAAGGCAGAGUAAGUAUGGGGGAAAAAAUUCCUGCUUCUGCUUCUAUUUUGGUUUUGCUUUCACACACAGAGUCUCUCCAUUAUUGAGGACAAUAUUGGCUGAUAAGAGGCUGAAAACUGACCAGCGAGUGAUUGAAUUUAUAGGCCUACACUUUAUGCAAAUUUAAGAUGUUUAACAUGUGCUUACAGAAUAUGAUGUUGUUUUCAAAAUAUUUCAAAAGUUGUUUUCAAAAUGUUAGUACAAUUUAAGACUAUUGUAAUCUCUGCAAUACAGCUUAUACACAAAGGCCAAACUUGCUAAAUAAUCAGCAUUUUGUUAAUCAUCCAGCAGCUUGUUCUUUGCUCCAGUUUUUAUCAUCUGCAGCUUAUUGUGUCUUGCUAAAUAAUCAGUUGUUGUUGCCUUCACAUUCUUAUUCUGCAACUGAAAUUACCAGAAAUAAAGAGGUACCAACACCAUUUAUUGACAUACUGUGUCUUGUGUUACUUUGAGAUAUUCCCUUGAUUUUACUUGUCCCUUCCUCAUUCACUCUACAGCUUGAAGUGAAUUUGUUUUCUCUCUUCCCAUGUACUGCAAAGGGUCUUUAACAUGAAAGAUUAAUUCUGCUUUCCUUUCCAAAGAGACGGCCUGACCUGAUAUGUUUUUCCAGCACCUUUUUCCCCCUCAAAUUUCCACACCAGCAAUGCUUUAAUUAGCACAUUAAGUAUUGUUCUAUCUCACACUCUAUUUAAUAAACUCAAUGGAAUUACUCUCUAUCAACGGUAGGCCUUGCCUCAAAUGAGAUCAACACUUUCACUUCU